AUGUUUGGGGCAAAUUCGAGAGGCCGUUGGCUGAACUGGGCCAUCACGGCCGCCUCUUGCCAAGGCUUCCUCCUCCUGGGCUACGAUCAGGGUGUCAUGAGCGGCAUCAUCGGGGCGAACAAUCGGUUCGGAAACGACUUCAACAACCCAGACGCGAAUAUGCAAGGCCUCAUCGUCUCCAUAUACGACAUUGGAUGCGCCUUUGGCUCGCUACUGUCCUUCUUCUUUGCCGAGAACUACGGCAGAAAGAACAUGAUCAUUGCUGGCGGAAGCACUAUGAUUAUAGGGACCAUCAUCCUCGCCUCAUCAACAACCAUCGCCCAGCUGCUGGUCGGACGCAUCGUAACCGGAAUCGGCAACGGCUUCAACAGCUCCAACAUCCCAGCCUACCAGUCCGAGCUCGCCAAGCCAGCGAAUCGAGGCCAACUCCUUAGUGCCCAAGGCACCGUCACCAUCGUCGGCCUCUGUAUCGCCUACUGGGUGGAUUUUGCCCUGUCCUAUGUCUCCGGUCCCGUCCAGUGGCGGUUUCCAAUCGCCUUCCAAGGCUUCUUCGCCAUCUGUCUGGUUCUACAAAUGCUGCCCCUCCCAGAGACGCCCCGUUUUCUGAUCGAGAAAGACCGCACGAGAGAAGCAGCCGACGUGCUCUCGCGGCUUGAUGAUGCGGCCGUUGAUGACCCCGAAGUCGUCGAGACGGUGCGCACGAUCCAGACGUCCAUUGAGAAGGAGACACGCGGUGGGCCGUUCCAGUAUAAGGAACUAAUCACAGGUGGACCGCUUGGUAAUUUCCGGCGUAUAUGCCUGUGCCUGGCAGUCAACGUCAUGCAACAAUGGACUGGAUCUAAUUUUAUCAACUACUGGGCGCCGACGGUCUACGAACAGAACAUGGGCAUGACGCGGACUAUGUCGCUUAUCCUUGGAGGCUGUACGUCGCUGACGUACCUCGUCGGCAGCUUCAUCCCGCUUUGGACUGUCGACAGAUUCGGCCGCCGCGCUCUCCUCAUGUUCAGCGCCGCGGGGCUGUGUCUCUGCUUCUCGCUCGCCAGCAUCCUGCUGUCGACGGGCACGCGACCCGCGGCCUACGGCGCCACCGCCAUGGUCUUCCUGUUCCAAAUCUUCCUCGGCAUCGGCUGGCUGCCCAUCCCCUGGUUUUACCCUUCGGAGGUGACGACCACGCGCAUCCGCUCCAAAGGCCAGGCUCUCGGCUCCUUCAUAAACUGGAUGUGCGUCUUCGCCGUCGUCCAAAUCACCCCCAUCGCCACGCAAAACAUCCAGUGGCGCACCUUCGUCAUCUUCGCCGUCUUCUGCGCCCUCUGGGUCCCCAUCGUCUACUGCUUCUUCCCCGAGACCAACGGCCUCGAGCUCGAGGACCUCGACUACCUCUUCGUCAACGGCGGCGUCACCGGCGGCGUGUGGGGCGCCAAGGGCGGCCGCACCGUGCACAGGCGGACCGGCAGGGAGGAGGCUGGCAUCGAGGGCGGCUUCGGUGGCGGUGAUGUUAAGAGUCCCGAGGCUAAGAUGGUGGUGGAGGAGGAGGAGGAGAUGGGGGCGGCGGCGGCGCCAGCGGAUGAUGUGGCGAGAGAUGAGGUGAAGGCUUGA